GGUAACUUCCAACCCUGCGAGCAUCCUGAAAGAUAGGCAAUCCUCAACACAACCUGUGGAGUCCCGAGUCACGACGACCAGUGUCAAGAAAGUAUUUACUGGAUAGUUUGGUUAGCAAGUGCAGAAAACUUGCGGAUCGUGGUGGCGGACCAGCGAUCGCAGAAGGCACAACGAGGCAUUUUGGUGCCUCGCGGAAAUGAGCUAUUCUGAAUGAAGUUUUUAAAUCCACAUCAUUAAUAGUCUAUUUUAUAUCAUGAAUUCGCAGACUCUGCUUCAAGAUCUCCAUUUUGAUCUGGGCAGCUCUGAUAGUGCUUACGUCUCAAAACCAAAACGCUCUGUUAGUAAGGAACGAACAUUUCUGUAUGAGUUUGUUGACCGAUCACUAAGGACUGCAAAGUGGGUUGCAAAUUUGCACAGUAGACAGAGGAGUUUGAGCACUGACAGCUAUUUUGGUUCAGAGUCUGUUUGUGAUAAGCUGAAGAAGAGUUUCCUGAAGCCUCGCACUGUAACCGAAGAAGAAUUAGAAGAUCUAAGAUCAAAAUUAGCAGAGAUAAAAAUCAAAGACUCUGAAUUCUGCCUGGAGGAUCCAAAGUUAAAAUGUACUCAAGGAAAAAUCUUACAUGCUGAUGACAGUAAUGUUACAGAAGGUGACAUUUGUUUUAUUUCUGAGCAUAAUAGGCCUGUAAUGCAAAGAUUCAGGUCAAAAACUGUGCCUUUGUUUAGUUUUAAUAAUGAAGCGAAAAAUGGAUGUGUGUGUGAGAGUUCAGAUAAAAAUGAUAAACAAACGGAUGAACUUGGCAUUUCAUCCAUUCAAAUCAUCAAAUUGAAGCAAGAGCUUUUCACCUGUAAUAAUGCCCCCGUACAGCCUCUUGAUGAGGGGUGCAGUGAAUCAGAACCAAAAGAUGCAGUGAAUGAGCAGAUUUGCCAAGAUGCUGCCUUAGCUUCUAUUCAAUCAGUUGACUUGAUAAAGGAUUUAUGUUUGGAUGAAAAUCGAAAUCUGAUUGCUUCUGCUGAUCUUGAGAGGCAGGAAGAGUGUAAUUCAAAAGUAGAAAGUUUGUCACACAAUUUUCGGUGUGAAAGUGUCUUUCCCAAUCAAUCUGAAUUAAAGGGACCAAGAAAACCUUUUGACUUGAGACCCAACAAAUUAAUCGGCCUGUAUGAAAAUGAAGAGGAUUAUUUGAAGACACAUUUUUAUUUGCUUAAGGAAGAUUUUAUUGGACCUCUGAAGGAGGGUAUUAAUGAGUACAGGAGACAGCUAAGGAGAGGCAAUGCUCCUGUUGAUGUUCGAAAUUUGAAACUUCACCACAAUGUGUUGGUAGUUGAACCUCACAUUAAAGAGGACAGGCUUGGUCUUGUAAUAGAUAUGGGCUUUCCUCUUAGUGAAAAAAUAGGAGACAAAGACUUUAUGGAUGGGUCUCUGGUUCUUAUCACACCCAACCAUUUUAAAGAUAUUUUUGUUGGAACUGUAUUCUCUCGUAAAUUUGUAUCUCCGUCAGGUCAGAGAGAAACUCGUAAUCCAGGAAAGAAUAACAGAAGACCAUCCAAUAUUUUAAUGGUGCAAUUGCAUGGAACAAGUCAUUUUGACCCAGCUCUCAAGCACCGUAGAGUGUUGCUGGCCGAAUCUCAGACUUUCUUUCAGCCCUACUAUUAUGUCAUGAAAAUUUUUCAAGGCAUGACACAUGAUGAUUUGCCAUUGAAAGAAUACAUUCUGGGCUCUCGAUCUAAUGGUGGUGUUGAGUGUCCUUCAUACCUACUUACGGACACAGAAUAUACACUAGAGGACAAUUUUAGAGUUAAAGUAAUGAGUGAUGCUUCAUGGCCUGAUGCUCAGGUGCUAGAUGUAAACGACUCUCAGCUCAAUGCAUUGAAGAGAGCCCUAUCAGAGAAGCUGGUUUUGAUCCAAGGGCCACCUGGCACUGGGAAAACAUACUUAGGGUGCAAAGUUGCUAAAGCACUUCUGCAGAACAAGCAUGUCUGGAAUAAAGGCGGCAAUCAGCCUUUGCUAUUGAUGUGUCAAACUAAUCAUGCUCUAGACCAAUUUAUGGAAUUGCUUCUACCAAUGUCAAGAAAUGUGAUUAGAAUUGGAUGUCAAUCCAAAAGUGUCUUGUUGGCACCCUUCAAUAUCAGAGAAUGGCUCAGAAGAAGGCGGAGCAAAGCAGGAAAACAAUCUGCUGUCGUAGAUUUAAAAAAGGAUCUGAAGACAUUGUCAACAAACAUUCAAGUUUGCCAGAUUGAGCUCAAGAGGGUAGCUUCCUAUGGUAUUGUAGAUUUUCAAACUCUUGUCACCAUGGGAGCCAUGGAUUUGAAAAGUGCAAGCUGUUUCAUAAAUUCAGAAAAUUACCUGAUGUGGCUUGAAGGUGCCAAAAGUGAUCAGGCUUCCUUUGUUUCGGAUGAUCAACUGGCGCAGGAAGGAAACACUGGUAAAUCAACUGAUUGCUUGGUUCACAAGAAGAUGCCUCCUACCUCACUUGAGUCACAAGGACUCAAUACUUACAGUAAUUUCCCAUCCUCUUUAAAUGAAGAAGCCAGCUCAAGCGCAAUGAAGAAUAUUCAUAUAAAAUAUCUCAUUAGUUUAUAUGACAAUGAGAACACUGUAAAAGAACAGCCUAGCAAUACAUCUGCAGAACCUGAUCGUAAACUGUUGGAAGCAAGAAUCCGCUUUUUCAAACAUUGCCUUUCUGAAUCAAGUGAAGAUUCUCAUGUAACGGUGAAAUGUCUGUGGACAGUUGCUCCCAAUAAUCGUUGGGGUUUGUAUAGGUCAUGGAUUAAAAACCUUGAGAAUGUGUUGCAGUCACAUUUGCAGUUGUUGGAAACUCACUAUCUGUCAUCAUCUUCUGCCUAUGCUGAUUUAAAGCAGUUUGAGAAAUUGGAGGUGAUGCGUCAAGCUGAAAUUGUUGGCAUGACCACAUCAGCUGCUGCCAGAUUAUACCCAGUGCUAUGUGAACUGCACUGUCCCAUUGCACUUGUUGAGGAAGCAGCUGAGGUCCAUGAGACGCACAUCGUUGCUACCAUCACAAAGCACUGUCAACAUUUGAUACUUCUGGGUGACCACAAACAACUCCGACCACGUCCAGCAUCAUAUGCAUUAUCAAGAACACAUUUUACAGAUGUGUCACUGUUUGAGAGGCUAUUGUUAAAUAAAACAGUUACUGUCAACACACUACUCACUCAGCAUCGUAUGCAGCCUCAGAUUUCAGCUUUGAUUAGACCUAGUAUUUAUGCACAAUUGUAUGAUCACAUGUGCACAAGAAACAGACAAAAUAUACUAGGCAUCAAGAAAAAUGUGUUCUUUUUCUCCCAUCGGUGGCAGGAAAAAAAGAAUCUGCUCACUGGAAGUUACAGCAAUCCUGAAGAGGCCAAAAUGGCUGUGCAACUAGUAAGGUACCUACUAAGGGAAGAGUAUAAUUCAGAUGAUAUUUGCAUUCUAGCAGCAUACCGUGAACAAGUGAAUGAACUUGAGUCUAAUUGCAACAUGUACCCUGAACUAACUGGCAUACGAUGUCUCACUGUGGACAAUUUUCAAGGAGAAGAAAGUAAAAUUGUCAUUUUAUCUCUUGUUCGCAACAACUCUGAAAAUCAAAUUGGAUUUCUUAAAAUUGAGAAUCGUGUUUGUGUAGCUUUAUCCCGAGCACGCGAUGGUCUAUUUAUGUUAGGUAAUGUACAAUUGCUGUCAAGUAACAGUGAAUUGUGGAUGUCAGUUCAUAAGGUGUUAAAAUUAAAUUCAAUGGUUGGUCAGUCCAUUCCAUUAAGCUGUAGCCGGCAUCCACAGAAGCAAAGAAAUGUUUGUAAGCCUGAUGACAUCCCCAAAUACGUAUGUCGACAAACCUGCUCCUUUAAACUGGCCUGUGGCCAUCUUUGCCGCAGAAAGUGUCACCCUAAUGAUUCUUUGCAUUUGAAAUUCAGGUGUGAGGAGCCCUGUGACAAGACCUGCGCAUUUGGUCACAGAUGCAACAAGCUAUGUUUUGAGGAGUGUGGGGAGUGUGAGUGCAUGGACUGGAAGCACCUCGCUUGCGGGCACUGGGCAGUGAUGAGGUGCAGUGUGGAACCCAGCAAAUACCUCUGUGAAGUCACAGUGAAAAAGCUCAUGCACCCAUGUUCACAUUCUGUAAACUUACAAUGCUGGAUGCCUUCAGUUUCUCACAAAUAUUGUCCUAACCAAUGCCCAGUGUCAUUGAAAUGUGGCCACAAGUGCCCAGUGCGCUGCAAUGCAGUAAAACAUCCAAAUCACGAGGUCAGUUGUUGCACUUAUGAGGAUAAACCACGUAUUCUCAGUUCAAAGACCAAGAAACAUGGCAAGUCUCACAACAGCAGAUAAUACAAGAUAUUGUAGGGCGGAGGUAGUAGACGGUGUAUGAAAUGUGCUUUGCAAGAUAUGAGAGUUCAUUUUGUGUCAAAAUGUUUCACUGCACUUGUUAUUCAACUAGUUCUAUUUAUGUAAAGAAUCAUAUUCUUUCUUCAGCUGUAAUGAAUAUUUGUCAAUUGAUUUUAUUUGCUUAGUAAGCAGUGAUUUACAUAGUCAUGAAAUUCGAAAAAAGAAAGCUAUGUUGAAGCAUCAAUGGUCUUGCAUUCAUCAUAAUAAGGCAGUAAUUGUGAAAUAUAAAUAAGUGAAUUAAAUAUACAUUAAAAAGUACUUA